ACGUCUUUUGUCAUCUGCUCACUUUCUCGCGAGAUCUCAAUCCUCACGAUACUCUGAAGUCCAACAUGGACGCGUUGGGACGUGGUGAGAGAAAAAUGAAACCGACCAGUAUUUCUUCCACUGAUGAAGAUUCGGAGUCUCAAGCCCCCGAAUUUUGUCCAGGUUUUAAAGACGUUGACGCAUUCGUGAAGUAUGGAUUGGGGACGGUUGUCAAUGCGACAAAAGCAUCUGCUAACCUUCCGCAAGCAGGGGACGAAUAUGACUUCUACCGCAGCUUCCCAGGGUUCCAAGAGUUUUGUCAAACACAAGGAGAUUCACUCCUGCACUGCAUGAGCAAGUUAAUGCAGUACCACGGCUGCCGGGCUCACAUGAGAGACCGCAAUAAACUGACCGGUUUGGAGGAGCGGUUCGACAUGGUGGUCGAUUCCAAUGACGUUAUUCUGGAGAAAGUGGGGAUCCUCCUUGACGAGGCUUCGGGAGUGAACAGGACCCAGCAGCCCAUCAUGCCGGUUGGCAUGCAGCCUCCCAAAACCGUCGUGUCCAGCUGGAAUCGCAAGGGGAAAGGUUCUGGUCUGGGGGGCUCGUCCGAGACCUUCCGUCUCCUGCAGGCCAAGAACAUCCAGAGGCCCCAGCUGAAAUUCAGGGAGAAGGUGGACAACAGCAACACACCGUUCGUCCCCAAAAUAUUCAUCAAGCCCAACGCCAUCAAACCGCUCCCCUCGUAUUUCUCCAACAAGCGCAUCCGCAAGGAGAGACCGGAGGACCUGGACGUCCCAGCAGCCCUGGCUGACUUCAUCCACCAGCAGAGGACCCAGGAGCACAUGGAGGACAUGUCUGCACACCCAUAUCAGUAUGAACUAGAUCAUCUUGCCAUGCCGGAGAAUUUGCUUUCCAAACCCGAACCCCAGAUGUACAAACCCCUCUCUGAGACAAACUGCCUGUUUGUGGAGACGCUGGAGGGUCUUGUGGGCCUGAAUGAGACGCUGGCCAGGAGCUCUGAGUUUGCUGUAGAUCUGGAGCACCAUUCCUACAGAAGUUUUCUUGGAAUCACGUGCCUGAUGCAGAUCUCAACGAGAGAGGAAGACUUCAUCAUCGACUGCUUGGAGCUGCGCAGCGAGAUGUAUAUCCUCAAUGAGACUUUCACAGACCCCUCUAUUGUCAAGGUGUUCCAUGGUGCCGACUCUGACAUCGAGUGGCUGCAGAGGGACCUUGGCUUGUAUGUGGUCAACAUGUUCGACACGCACCAGGCUGCCCGGGCUCUCAACCUGGGCCGGAAUUCGCUGGAACACCUUCUGAAGCUGUACUGCAGCGUGGACUCGGACAAGCGCUACCAGCUGGCGGACUGGAGGAUAAGGCCUUUGCCAGAGGAAAUGUACCAGUACGCACGGGCGGAUACGCACUACCUCCUGUACGCCUACGACCGCCUGAGGGCAGACCUGUUCGACGUCUCCAACGGCCAACCGGCUCUCCUGCAGGUGGUCUGGCAGAGGAGCAGAGACAUCUGCCUGAAGAAAUGCCUAAAGCCCAUUUAUACAGAGGACUCCUACCUGGACCUGUACAGGAAGCAGAAGCGGAGCUUCAACACCCAGCAGCUGGCCGCCUUCAGGCUCCUGUACGCCUGGAGGGAUAAGCUGGCCCGGCAGGAGGACGAGAGCACGGGGUACAUCUUACCCAACCACAUGAUGCUGAAGAUCUCGGAACAGCUGCCAAAGGAGUCCCAGGGCAUCAUUGCCUGCUGUAACCCCGUUCCUCCGCUGGUCCGCCAGCAAGUCAACGAGCUUCAUCUGCUGGUGCAGCAGGCACGGGACAUGCCCCUGCUCAAGGCUGAAAUCCCGGUGGAAAAGAAGAAAGGACUGACACCGAAAAGAAAGUCUGAGAGCCCUUUGUUUGGACCUCAUGACACGUCUCGCGUCUCUGAAAGCGAUCUUCCCGAUUUCUCCUCCCCAGGUUCCCUGGUUAAACCAGGAGUGCUGUUCUCCGAGGAAGAGGACGAGAGUGGGAACGCACGGGAGUCGGGCGGUCUCGUAGCUUCAGCCAAAAUCACGCUGUUUGAAGACAGCGAGACUGUGAAUGAGGACACGCACCUCACAGUGGCGCAGCAGAAGGCCUGCAGCAUCAUGGAGUCUUUCCAGAACCCGUUCAGAAUGUAUUUACCGUCAAAGGACAGCAACAUCCACAUCUCGCAAAAUGCUAAAUAUGACCCAUCGUCGAAAGUCUAUGAGAUCAGAAACCGGUGGAAACUGCAGAGUUUGGAGCAGCAGAGGAAGGAGGCCCAGGCCAAGCAGGAGGCCAAGGUGAAGGCCAGGGAGAAGACACAGAAAGCUGCAGAAGAGAGGAAAAAGGCCCAGCAGACAUACCAGGAAUCUUUGCAGGACGUCCUGACUGUUAGGCAGCAGGCAUUAGGUGCUAAGAAGCGAGAGAGGAUACCAAGUGAGCUCCAAGAGGAGACCGCAAAACCAAAAGCAAAGCAGGCCAAACCCACAGACCAGCCGGCAGAGAAGCCUCCCCCUUCACAAGCCGAAUUCAAGCCCUUCGACUACAGCCAGUCGGACAUGAAAGUGUUUGCUGGAGGAAAAGCCAGGGACACCACGCAGUUCGAUCCAAACCGACAUGCCACUGAACCUAAGCAAAAGAGAAAUCCAAAGGGACAAAAAAUGAACUCAUCAGCAGGAAGCAAAAGUAUGUCUUACUUGGCUGGCAAAUCUGAGAGGGGAUUCAGACAUAACUGGCCCAAAAGAUAGAUCAUCAUACGACUGCAUUCAUCCUUGCAAGUUUGUCUACGGAAUGCAUCGGUUUCAUGGACAAUUUUUAUUUUGUAACAGGCUGUUUUCUGAAACUUUGUACCUUCCGAUUGUAUGCAUAUGUUGUGUAUACCAUAUUUAAAUUACGGUGGGAUCUCUCGAUUGUAGCGCCAUGGUAUUUUAAUGAUGUCCUACUAUUUUUCUUCUAUUGCCACAAUAGGAAUUAAACCGAUAAAUCCA